GGCGCACUGGCUUCGCGUGACUGACGAGCGCCCGGCGCAGGUAUUGCUGUGUUGCUGGUUCUAGGGUGUCAUGGAAGGUCUGCUGACAAGAUGCAGAACCCUGUCUGCCUUGGCCCCCUGCAGCCUCCAUCACUCCAGGGACAUCAUCCACAAGGGUUACCGUUGUGCAUCCGGGAGAGGGCAGCGCUUGGUGUUGUCCCGCAUGUUCCAGCCUCAGAACCUUCGGGAAGACCAGGUGCUUUCUCUGGACGGCAAAGCUAGCGAUCUGACCUGUAGGAGUCAGCGGCUGAUGCUGCAGGUUGGCCUGAUCCUUCCAGCUAGUCCUGGCUGUUACCACCUCAUGCCCUAUACAGUUCGUGCUGUGGAGAAGCUUGUGCGGGUGAUAGACCAGGAGAUGCAGGCCAUCGGUGGGCAGAAAAUCAACAUGCCCAGCCUCAGCCCAGCUGAGCUGUGGCAGGCCACCAGCCGCUGGGACUUGAUGGGCAGGGAGCUGCUGAGACUGAGAGACAGGCAUGGCAAGGAGUACUGCUUGGGACCAACUCACGAGGAAGCAGUUACAGCCCUGGUUGCCUCCCAGAAGAACCUGUCCUACAAGCAGCUUCCUUUGCUGUUGUACCAGGUUACUAGGAAGUUUCGGGACGAGCCCAGGCCCCGUUUUGGUCUUCUCCGUGGCCGGGAGUUCUAUAUGAAAGACAUGUACACCUUUGACUCCUCCUCCGAGGCAGCCCAGGAGACCUACGGCCUGGUGUGUGAUGCUUAUUGUAGGCUGUUCGACAGGCUGGGGUUGCGAUGGGUGAAGGCCAGGGCAGAUGUGGGCAGCAUCGGAGGCACAAUGUCCCAUGAAUUCCAGUUACCAGUGGACAUUGGAGAGGACCGGCUUGUGGUCUGUCCCAGCUGCCACUUCUCAGCCAACACAGAGAUACUAGAUUUGUCACAAAAGAUCUGCCCUGACUGCCAGGGUCCACUGUCAGAAACCAAAGGCAUUGAGGUGGGGCACACGUUCUACCUCGGUACCAAGUACUCUUCCAUUUUCAGUGCCCACUUUAACAAUGCCCAUGGGGAAUCUUUGCUGUGUGAAAUGGGGUGCUACGGGCUGGGGGUCACUCGGAUCCUGGCUGCGGCCAUCGAAGUUCUCUCUACAGAAGACUGCAUCCGCUGGCCCCGCCUCCUGGCCCCUUACCAAGUCUGCGUCAUUCCCCCUAAGAAGGGCAGCAAGGAGGCGGCAGCCACAGAGAUUGUGGAGCAGUUAUAUGAUGAUGUCACCGAGGCAGUGCCUCAGCUCCGAGGGGAGGUCGUGCUGGAUGACAGGACCCACCUGACCAUUGGGAACAGGCUGAAAGAUGCCAACAAGCUGGGUUACCCCUUUGUGAUCAUUGCAGGCAAGAGGGCCUUGGAGGACCCAGCACACUUUGAGGUUUGGUCCCAGAAUACUGGUGAGGUGGUCUUCCUCACCAGAGAGGGAGUCAUGGAACUACUGACUGGCGUGCAUGUUGUCUAAGUGCCCAACCACACCUGCUCCUCACCUCGGUGUUCACCCUGACACUGUAGAUCCCUCCACAUCUGUCCUGGGUAGCUUCUCCGGGAAGGGCGUCUCAUGGAAGGAGAGAUCAUGUUAGGGAAAACUACUCCUCCGCUUGUGAUGGCGUAUAGUGAGUCAUUAACUCCUCCUCUGCCGGGCUGGUUGUGCUACCAUAUGCCAUUCCCUUUUAUAUGUUAGGGGGGCUGAAAGGUGACAGAGAGACCCAGGUCGCUUUCCCUUGAGCUGAGUGUCUGGGUGUAAGAUGAGAAUGGUUGAGAGCUGGGGCCAUGCUCUCCACCCACCCCACAGCCUGACCACACGCCUUGCCUUCCAUGCAAUCCAGAGAGCAGGGCUGGUGGCCCUUCACUGGGGAGGUGGAGCUGCAGAGCCAGGAAUCUGGCACACCCACACCCCUGCGGGGGGCCCUGGGAUGCUCAUCUGGACGUGAAGAUGAUGUUAGGUCUGUGAGGUCCUGGGGCUCUCACUGAGCCGCUGCAUGAGCCUCCUGGAUCUGGUUGCUCGAGUCUCUAAGCUUCCCCAGAAGUUGUCAUAAAUGCCGGAUGGCCCAAAGCUACCUCCAGAUACUUGAGCCUACUGGGUCACUUCAGCACUGAGAUCAUGUUCCAUUGAUUGAAUAAAGCCAAGCCUUUGAGGAA